UUUACCCUUUUACAUCCAUCUCUCUAUCUCUUCUUCUUCUUCUUCUUCUUCUUCAUCAUCUUCUUCCCUUUCUGCUUUUUACUUUCAUGGCGGUUUUACCCAGAAGCUCUUCUAGCUUGGAGUUGACGAUCGGCUUCUCUUCUUCUCCUUCUUUUCCUAACUCCUCCGGUGAUCAAGGGGCUUGUGGAAUGAAAGAUUUGGACAUAAACCAAGUGCCGUCAGGAGGAGGAGAAGAGGACUGGAACACAACGGCGAGCAUGGAAGACGAAGAAGAAAGCAGCAAUGGAGGUCCUCCGAGGAAGAAGCUCCGUCUCUCCAAAGAACAAUCUCGUCUUCUUGAAGAAAGUUUCAGACAAAACCAUACAUUAAACCCCAAACAGAAGGAAGCAUUGGCUAUGCAGUUGAAGCUGAGGCCACGGCAAGUUGAGGUGUGGUUUCAAAACCGUAGGGCCAGGAGCAAGCUGAAGCAGACAGAAAUGGAAUGCGAAUACUUGAAGAGAUGGUUCGGUUCAUUGACAGAACAAAAUAGGAGGCUACAGAGGGAAGUGGAGGAGCUCCGGGCGAUGAAGGUGGGGCCGCCGACGGUGAUAUCACCGCAUAGUUGUGAGCCACUUCCGGCAUCCACUCUCUCAAUGUGUCCCCGGUGUGAGCGCGUGACAACCACGGCUGCCGACAAAGGCCCCAACAAAAUAAACGCCGCCUCCUCCACUGCUGCCACCAUGUCCCCAAAAGUGGGGACGGCCGCCCUCCAAUCACGGUAGAAGAAAGAAAUCAAGAAAGAAAGAAUGUUUAGAGAAUGUUAAUAGUAGUUUAAUUAAUUAAUUAAAUUAAUUAAUUACAAAAUUAAUGUGAAAUGCAAUUGUGCAUGCAUGCA